AUGAACAGGUUUCGAGGAAGAUGGGGAUACGUACAAGGACAGUACAUCGUAGCUGAGUGUCAAGGCGAAAAACAAUCUGUGUGUGCUGAAUGUGGACGCGGCGGGUACACGGCCACAAAAAAUCACUUGAAGAAAUGUCAAGCCUGCAAGGAAUGCAUUUCUAUUAACAAUCAGGAGAAACUAAAGGACUGUACAGCUCAAGAGGACACUGUGUGUAAGUGUAUGAUGGGUUUCUAUUGCAACGAUGAGCACUGUGACCACUGCCAACCACUGACCGAAUGCCGUCCGGGAGAAGGGGUCAAGGUUCAUGCCACUCGCACGACUGACACAGUCUGUGCUCCGUGUCCAGGCGGAACGUACAGCAAUGUGACAGAUUCCUACUCGCUCUGUCAAACACACACCAGAUGUCAGGACUUCGGGAAAGUGUUCAAAACGCAAGGAAAUGCGGCAACUGAUGCCAUCUGUGGCAACUUCAUAACUCAUUGUUCCUGGAUAUUACCCACCAGCUUGUGGUCAGGACUCUUGUUGACUGCACUCAUCCUCUUUGGUCUCAUCUGCUGGAGGUCAAAACAUAAAAAGAAAACAAAGACAUUUUUACAGCAGCCUUUCAAGUCUGCAGGAGCGGACUCCAGUGUUGCUGUUUCUCUGGUUGAAGUGGUGCCAGCAGCCCCGGUCACACAGCUGGAGUCGAACGGUCACUGUCUGGACAGCUGUGACGUGGAGAACUGCAAACUACCACUUUUUAACUCAGAUGUUGAUACGGUCGGUUGUGACACUCAAGAACGCAUGGAAAGCAGCCCACCUAUAACUCCUAUGAAGGUUUCGGUUUCAUUUACUGACUCCAACCACAUCAAUGGGAGUGCAGGAAAUUGCACUGGAAACUUCCGUAGGACCUACUCCGAGCCACAGGAGGACGAGUGGUGUGGCACAUAAUCAAGUAAACAUUUUUGUAACAGCAUGACGAUGGAGCCCCGAGUUCCUCUCCGCCUUGGAGAGGCUGCGACUAGUUUCUAAAAGCUUAAAUUGGAUCUGUUUAAAACAUGUUGGGUUUUUUUAAGAGUACGGUUUAACGUGGCUGACAGUUUGCUGCCCCCUGCAGGACUUUCACGAGAUCAGCUCAUAUAAUGUGAUAUUUAUGCAUUCACAACGAACAAACAUAUUAUAUUUAAAUCCUUGUGCAGCUCUGUACUCGUCAGCCCCUUGGAUGGGAAUCGGUGUUCGAUAAGGGCCAAAACCACAAUGACGGAAUCCGUCUAACAAGUAUGUCUGUGACAUUGAUGCCGGGUGUAAAAUCUAUUGACAUCAUAUUAAUGCGCCAACUGGAUGACGUGUUACUUAAUUAGCAUGAACACCGAGCACUUAAGCUUAAUCUCAUGUAUCACACUGUUAAUUAUUCCACAGAAAGUAACCCUCGACAAAUGCUCUGUUUACUCCUGUUAGCAACUAUUGCUAAAAACUACAAUGUUCAACUGCUUCAGAGAAUUACUGGUCUCUUUUUUUAGGUCUGACUAAAUAUUAGCUGGCAAGUCUCAAGCUUUUCUUUAAUUACACCUUCACAAAACAAAUAAGAUCGGGGCUGCAUGCCACAGGGUGCUGAGAGACCUAUCUCAAUAUAAUUGGUCUUUUCAUAGGAUUUGUUGUCUAUUUCCUGGCUCAAACUUUAUUAUAAAUGGUUUGUUUUGUAAUUAUAACUUAAUUAAACUUGUAUUGUUAAAUCUUCAGCCCCUGAUUCAGGUGCAGAAUUGUAAUCUUCCAAUGUGUAUUUACAGUAAAUUUCCAUUUUUGUAAACUAUACAUAACUUUAAAAUGGGCAGCGGCGAGAUACGGAUAUAAAAGUUGGAGCAUUGAAUUAAAGAUGCAGCAGUGAUGUCUGGCGGAUGAAUGAUUUGUUUAUAACAUUGUGAAGAUAGAUAUGAGGAAGUAGGUCAGGAAAGCUCUUUUGCUCCACUGCUCUCUUCAGUUAGUACCAACAGAUGAUUAAGAUGUACAUGUUUCAAAGAUGUUCAAUCUAAUUCUGACAUUUAAAAAAAACGUUGAUUACAAUAAUUAAAAAAAACUCUAUAAACAUUAUUCAGACUUGUACCGAGUCGGUUCUACUGAGAAUAAAUUCACUAAAACAAA